CGCCUUGAGCUACCGUAAACCAAAUGUUGUGUAAUUUGUACCUAUUAUGUCUGGAUCGACAUUUUUUGAGGAUAUUUCCUAAUGUUUUAACAAUUUCCACUUAAAUUUAACAUUCAGGGUCCAUACACGGUGGGUUGAUUUUCGAAAAACCUAUAUAAGAACAGCCGUCGAUUUUGGUAGGCACAUUCAGCUACAACCUUCCAGUUGAAGUAGAGGUUUACGGCUUAGAAAAAUCAAAAUUCUACAAUGCAGUCAACCAAAGUGUUCUUGCUUCUAUCGGCAAGCAUUUGCCUUGUACUUGCCGACGAUCUGUCCGGUUCGAGCUUCGGCUAUGGCGUAAACGAUCCAGCUACCGGCGACGUCAAGGAUCAAGCCGAAACCAGAUUAGGCGGUGCCGUUCCCGGUUACUACCGGACGCUCGGUGCCGACGGUUUGCUGAGGACGGUCAACUACAAGGCCGACGAUUUUACCGGAUUCCCCGCCGACGUCAAACGCGAACCCAUAAACGACGUCCCGGCUCCAGCUUCAGCUCCCGUCCCAACAAUCGCCUUAGGAGCUGCUGCACCCGCUCCAGCAUACCCGAUCGCCGAACGAAUUACCGAGCAGGUCGCUAACGACGCACCGUUACCAGUUGCAGCCGCACCCACACCAUUCUACCCUUACUCCCCGGAGUUCGCUGCACCCACACCUUACUAUUUCGCCCCAUACAGCUCCCGUUACCCGCAGAACUACCCCAGAGCCGCGCUGUACUCUUUCGCCCCAUACAGCUCCCGUUACCCGCAGAACUACCCCAGAGCCGCGCUGUACUCGUACGGAGCAUAUAGCUACCCGCAGUUAUACCCAGCUGCUGCUGCACCGUACAAUUACGGACAGUUCUACCCAGCCAACAAAGCCGCCAUCGCACCAGCAUCAUCUUACUCGUACGCCUCGUCUGCACCAGCUCCGUACGUGCCAGCCACACCAGCCUCAUCUUACUCAUACGCCUUAGCCGCACCAGCAUCAUCUUACUCGUAUGCCUCAGGCUCAGCUGCACAAUUUCCAAACGCGGUAUACUCACCGUCAAGCGAAUACGGCUCUUUCUUCCAAUACUAUACAAAAUAA